CAAGGAGAUGUCAACCGAUCCAUUGGUUAGCUGGUCUAGCGGUACUCGUUGGGGUAAUUAUGGUCUUGGUAGCUCACGGCCAUUAUACCGUGGAUGUACUUAUAGCUUACUACGUUACUACACGUCUGUGGUAUAUUUAUCACACGCUAGCCAACAAUCCAAAUCUCAAGCAAUAUGGACCAAACAAUUUUUUGGCCCGACUCUGGUGGUUCUCUAUUUUCAAGUAUUUUGAGAAGAAUGUGGGCGGCACAGUGCCACGACAAUAUGACUGGCCUCUACCCUGGCCUCGACGGUUUCUUGCCAAGCACCCUAAUCGAGAUAGUUAAUACUUGUCUUGAUUUCAUGAUAGAGGCUGUUAAAAACAAAGGAGUUACUAUUGUUGUAUAUAUUUUUACACACAAACACACACAACACAACACAUACAUACAAACACAUACACAUGCACUCACAAAUGUAUGUAUAAAUCGAGGCUUAUUAACGUGGAGGUAAAAGUUCGCUAAAGAAUA